UCUGCCUUUAAAACAGAUUCGAGGAUAGUGCUUUUAGAUUCGAAACGGUUUUAUGUUUUAACCGAUUAUCGUGUAUUUUAAAGAUAAAUGGUCAUUUUAAAAAAUUGUACAUCGUAAUAUUAAGUAAGUCGUUUGUGUUGAGAACGAAUUGAAGGGGAGGGAAGAAGUGAGAGAGAGGAGGAGGGUUUAACAUAUGAUAAUGUUGUUCUCGACAGAAUGGAGGAGUCCUUCAGAACCUAAGAACAUUUGUUUUAAUCACGGAUCGAUUUGGUUUAUUAUUUCGUAGGUUAAGUUAUUGAAAUGACAGCUGAAUAAGGAAUAAAGAACUUCAACGCAAACUAAAAAAAAUUGCUGCUGAGCUCGUAUGCAAGUCGAGCUGUCACAGGAAUCUUUGAACUCAGAUGGGUCAGGCACUGUGGAGGCUGCCACCAAGACAACAGCAGCAGCUUCAGGAAGAGCUUGUCGACCGACUGGCUGACACAGGAGCUGCAAGACAAGAUCAAGGUGGGGAUGGAGGGACACUUCGCAGAAUCCCUCAACAUUGUUAUGGACCGGACAUUUACCAUCUGCUGAAAGCACGCAGAGGGGGUAAAGAACAAAAUGGGUUUAUAGAUUUGGAGAUGCUCCCACCAGAAUUAGGCAUCACCAUAUUGUCGUAUCUAAACGCUACUGAUCUGUGUCUGGCCGGGUGUGUGUGGCAGGACCUGGGAAAUGAUGAAUAUCUGUGGCAGGGGCUCUGUAAGUCCACAUGGGGUCACUGCUCCAUCUACAACAGAAGGCUGCCUGCUGGUUUCUCAUAUAGAAGACUAUAUCUACAACUAGAUGAAGGCAGUCUUACAUUCAAUGCAAACCCGCAGGAGGGUAUCUCUUAUUUCAUGUCUAAGGGCAUACUAGUGGAUCACCCCAAAGAACAGGCUAAGUUCAUCUUCUACACGAGACGGCUCAAUUGGAAGAUGCUGAGGAUUUACUUGGAUGAGAGGCGUGAUGUUUUGGAUGAGCUGGUGACACUUCACAACUUCAGCAAUCAGUUCCUCCCCAAUGCACUGAGAGAUUUCUUCAGACACAUUCAUGCACCAGAAGAGAGAGGAGAAUAUCUGGAAACGCUCAUCACCAAAUUUAGUCACAGGUUUUGUACCUGUAACCCGGGUCUUGUCCGAGAGUUGGGUCUGAGUCCUGAUGCUGUCUAUGUGCUGUGCUACAGUCUCAUCCUGCUGUCCAUUGAUCUGACCAGUCCUCAUGUCAAAAAUAAAAUGUCAAAAAGGGAGUUCAUCAGGAACACUCGCAGAGCAGCCCAUAAUGUCUCAGAUGACUUUGUGGGCCAUCUUUAUGACAACAUAUACUUGAUUGGCCAUGUGGCUGCGUAGGUUUUUUCUCGCCAACGGUCUAUUUAAAAUCCUCAUAAUGCACUGAAGAUUAGGAAUCGUCAGUUUGGUUUCUAUGUGUCAAUAGAAUGUUUCGACUAUUUAAAUGGAAUUCUUAAGCAGAUAUACAUUACACUACAGUAGAGUGGGAGAGACGCUGCCACUAAAAUUAUGUGAAUGUUCCGAGAUUUUUCGAACGGAGAAGCAUGGUUUGGAUUGAAAUCAUGAAGACAAGCUCUGACACUGCACUGAUGAAGUACUACUAGUAAAUGGUGGAAGGAUGAACUAGAAAAGCUGCCCUCAGACUGUAAGGACAGUCAUUUCUUUCUUUUUACUGACUGCUACAUGAUUGCAAGUUGGGCAAUAUACUGUAAUAUAAAGUCACUCUUUCACUUGCUUUUUCACUCUCUCCCUGUGUGUAUACAUACAGCACUUACAUAUGUAUAUAUACAUUAUAAUGAUGGACCUUAGCUAUUGUGUCAAAACAUUAAUAGAAAAACUUAGGUUGUUUAUGGUAGUGCUGACCUUUCCACAGUCUGAGAACCUGACUUAUAAAUGGCUAUACUCUCUUAUACAGUUUUAAAAUGCUAAAUGUGUGUCAUUAACAAAAUGUUUUUAGCUACAAGUAAAUCAUUAAUGAAUGUUACCUUCACAACAGAUAUGUUGUUGAGAAGUAUUUUUAUUAUUUAAUAUUGUACUAACAAUCUUAAUAGCUUUGUAGCCAUGGCUUUUUAAAAUGUUCAUCUCCAGUGUAAUUGAAGUCAAUAAUGUCUUGGUUUCAUUAUGAAUCGAGACUUAGCUGCAAUUAUAGUCAUUGUGUUGAAGAUCCAAUAAAGACACACUUAUGAAGUAACGUUUUUCUAAAUUAUAAAAGCAAUUUGUUUUGUGCUUUAUCUUUUUGUGUUUGGAAUGCUUUGUAACUGACACAAUGUAUCUAGAAAGUGUCAUAAAUAUGUCACUAAUUAUUAAAUCUUGCCUUUGCUAACAGUUAUAGUUUCUGUGCUUUUAUACUCAAGGCAGUGCUUCUCAAUUCAACUUCUGUUACUGUAAUUGUUGGCAGUAUUUGACAAGUUUUUGCAGAAAAAUAUCAAACCACAUCAGUUUAAUUGGGGUCUAAUGUCUUUAAGGGAUGUCUUAAUUGAUUUGGCUUCGUGCUCUCCACUGCCAACAUUGUUAGACACAGUCAAAAUACAGGUCUUUUCUCGUCAAAGCCA